AUGGGAAACAAUAAUUCACACGGAAAGAGUGAGAUAAAAGACGGUAGUGGCAUGAGCACUCCUAGGGGUUCAACCCGAAGCACGAGAUCGGGGUCCAACGGAGAAGUGCAAGAUCAGCCAGAAAAGUCUGAACAACAGACAACCUCCUUAGUUCCCGUUGAAAAACUUGGCAAGCUCCUUGCGCAUCGAUCGCAGAAGGAAGAUGGAGUCAAUGGUGUUACGGAAAAAUCUUUUACCAAAUAUCUAUUUCCGAUGUAUCCAGAAUUGGCGCGCCACUUUUACAACUACGUUCACAGGACAGCUAAGUGUAAGAACAAUCACAUUCCACUGUCUGCGUUCAGACAACAGUGCGAAAAGAUACUGGCCAUGCUAGAUGACAAUGCCAUCAUUGAAACGUAUAUAAGAAUGUUCAGCUCUGAACCCGAAGAAGGCAAUGUAACUCCUAACGAUCUCCGCGGUCUUCUUUACAUCAGCUACAAAUUAUCGAUGGACCACUAUCCCGAGGGUCCGCAAGCAUGUCCAAUGAUAAAUAAGACGCUCUCAGCAGUUAUCCGAGGUUGCUUCAACAAUAAAGAUUCCCACAGCGUCGGAUUUGUGGUACGCUGGCUAGAGGAGCAUUGUCAUCGACUUAUAUUCCCCAUACACAGAUACUGCGUGCACAUCCUAGCGACUCGUCACCGCGACAUCGAGUCUCUCAGCAGCAGCAGUAGCAGCAGUGGUUCGCUGGAGCUCGGUACUCCGGUUCUGGAGCGUGGUUCCUGGGCUGGCGGUUCGGGUACUGGUUCCGGUGGAAGUGGACUCCUGCCGGUCUCAGCAGCUUGGCUGCUAGCAGCAACGGCACCACCGCUCUACUCCAGACCAGCCAAACCACCGCCUCACCCAGGUGGUACAACUGCUUCGACUGCGUGGAUGGCUCGUCUGGUGUGCGCGCUGCCCUCACAUUGGGUGCCCUUGUACGCCUCCAACGAGCACGGACUCGGAGCCAACAGGUUCCUUCAUCACACGCUAGCAUACCGGGGUCCAACACUAGUGGUUAUAGAGGGCAAGUGUGCGGGUGAGGAAUCUUCGGAAUCGGAGAGGGUCACUGUAGUGGUGUGCGCUCCUCAGGAAUGGCGUGACACACACCAAUACUGGGGCGGACCACAGGGAGCCCUUGUGCAACUAUAUCCCACGUUGUCUUUAGUGGAGUGCGGGCCGAAGCUGUUAUAUCUUAACUCUCAUAUUCGCGGGUACCCACGUGGUCUUCGAUCUGGCUCGGACCCACGUCACCCGCUUCUGUCUGUAAACGAAGGUUUCGAUUCAUUCACCUUCAAGGGAGUGCCGUACACUCUUUGCGCUGUCGAGGUAUGGGGUUGUGGUGAGCAGGCCUUAAGGGAAGCACAGCUUGAGGUCAAGAAGUGGCAGGUCCGGGAGGCUGAGAGACAACGACAGGUCAAGAUAUCAGCUGCAGACUGGAUAGAACAUCCCGAUCGAUACUUACUAGAGCUGGCAGGCCGGCCGCAGUACAACAAUACUGCCACAUAG